AUGCAGUCAAUUCUUAGAAACUACAUCCGCCGACAUGCCACGGCAGCGACGCGCCAAAAUUCUUCAGUGAACGCGUCUGAGAUAUCCUUCUUCUCGAAGUUGUCUUCACAGUGGUGGGACGAGCAUGGCGAAUUCGCAUUCCUACACAGAAUGAAUCCCAUACGGAUGCAGUUCAUACAUGAGAAGGUUCGGGAGAUGGAUUGGGAGGACGGAGCGACCAGUGAGGAGAAGAUAUCGAGAAGAAGUGCGCUGGACGGCUUGAAGGUGCUAGACAUCGGUUGUGGUGGUGGGCUGCUUUCGGAGAGCCUAGCGCGUCAAGGGGCGCGCACCCUCGGUAUCGACGCAUCAGAAGCUAAUAUAGCGAUUGCAACCUUGCACUCCCAAGCCGAUCCCAACUUUCGUGUUUCAUCUGCCUCACCUUCGCCAUCCAACUUAUCAUACCGACAAAUUUCGGCGGAAUCGCUGCUGGCUGAGUCGGGCCCUGAGCAGUACGAUGUUGUUUGCUCGAUGGAGGUACUCGAGCAUGUCGACAACCCGGCGGACUUCCUGAAUUCGUGUGCCCAGCUAGUCAAGCCUGGGGGACAUCUAUUCCUCUCCACAAUCGCCCGCACCCCUCUUGCUUACUUCCUCACUAUCUUCACCGCCGAAACCCUCCUCCGUAAGGUCACUCCCGGCACGCACACAUACUCCAAGUUUGUCAACCCGGGAGAGUUGGUAGAAUAUUUUCAAAACUACCCUACAUCUCUCACCUCAAAAGCAACGACGACCGAGGCGGAAGUACGGGGCAUGAUCUACGCCCCUCUCCGGGCUAAGUGGCACCUCGCGUCACGUACCGCGUCUCUUUGGGGUGGCGAUCUUGUAAAUGGGUGUAAUUAUUUGUUCUGGGUCAGAAAGCCCAAUGUUAGUCCAUCACAAUGA